UGCUGCAGGCAUUUAAUUAGGAAGAAGCCGCCGCGGGACGGGCCGCCUGUCCCUCCGUCCGUCUGUCCGUCUGGAGCCUUUACGCGCCGCAGGACGGACUUCCAGAGCCGGGGAGGGCGCCAGGAGGAUCCGUGGAUCCGUGGAUGUGGCUCGUUUCUCCGCCCUGGGUCGUGUCUCUGCUUCUGCUUCAGCUUCAGCUUGGAUACUGUUGUGAUUUUGGAUUUCCGCACGACGGAGCCGCAGCUUCUGCGUUUGGAAAAAGAAAAGCGGGGCUGAACCCGAGCCGCUCCGCGCCGCGCUAAGUGGGUGAUGAUUGAUGUGGGAGAAGUGUCAGCUCCUGCAUCAUCAGCCCAGCUGGACCUGGACCGAGGGAAGUGAGAAACCACCUGUUGUGUCAGAGUUUUUCCACGGAGCUGCUUCACUUCACUGCACGGAUCCAACCGCGAACUGCUGCUGUUUCUGCUGCUGUGCCGGAGCGCGCAGCGGAAUGCGGGUUUUACGCACGGGGCCAGUUCCACAGAGGAGGCUCCUGCGGGUGUGAGCGGGUCCGCGGGGGAGCGUGUGUGCGCUGAGCAUGGUGCCAUGGUGCCCCGGGCUCGGCUGAGGUCGGGAUGGCUCGGGAGGACGCGGUGAGGUGCCUGCGCUGCCUGCUCUGCGCGCUCAACCUGCUGUUCUGGCUGAUGUCGGCCUGCAUGCUGGGAGUAGCAGCCUGGAUCAGAGACCCACUGAACACCGUGCUGACACUGACAGCUCAUACCAGGCUGGAAGAAGCUGCCGUCCUCACCUACUCUCCAGCCGUCCACCCCGUCAUCAUCGCCGCCUGCUGCUUCCUCAUCAUCGUGGCCAUGGUGGGAUACUGCGGCACGCUGCGCUGCAACCUGCUGCUGCUGUCCUGGUACUUCUGCAGCCUGCUGGUGAUCUUCUGCGUGGAGUUGGCCAGCGCCGUCUGGACCUACGACGAGCCGUCCAUGCAGCGCUCCGACAUGAUCAGCCUGAAGUCCAGGAUGACCAACUACGGCCUGCAGAGACACCAGUGGCUCACACACACCUGGAACACCUUCCAGACCCAGUUUAAGUGCUGUGGGGUCAUCUACUUCACCGACUGGCUGGAGAUGACGGAGAUGGAGUGGCCCCCGGACUCCUGCUGCACCACCCAGUACCCCGGCUGCGCCCGCCACGCCCACCACCACGACCUCAGCGACCUCUACCAGGAGGGCUGCGGUCCGAAGGUCUACGGUUUCAUCCGCGGGACGAAGCAGCUGCAGAUGCUGCGUUUCCUGGGCGUGUCCAUCGGCGUGGCCCAGAUUCUCGCCAUGGCGCUAACGUUGACGCUGCUCUGGGCGCUUUACUACGGCCGGAGGUCGCCGGACCCGGACGCCCAGGAGACUCCGGUACCGCCGGAUGACUCCUCCCCCAGCACCGCCGCCGCGGCUAACCGGACUUCUGGUGACCCGGCCAAGUCCAGCUGCAGCCACGCCAGCAACGCUAGGACUAACGCAGCCGCAGCCGCCACCGCUGGCGAGUCAAAGCAGCAUCAGUUUGAGAUGGCGCGACUUCAUGCCGCCGCCUGAACGCAGCCGAGGAGGACGGAGGCAACAACAUCUCUCACCGCACAAAUGUCCGUGAGCGAGGAGCUCAGCAGAUUGGAAACAAACAGAAGCUAUGGAGACCCCCCCUGCUCCAGAAAGCUAGCUGAUCAGAUUAGGCCAUCAGCUAGCUGGCUAGCAUUCACUGGAGCAAAACUCAGUGAGCUAGGUAGUGGCCUAAUCUAGCUAAUAGCUAAUAUUUAAAAUUGAACUAUUUAUCUAUGUAGCUUGUUUAAGGCUAGUUAGCUAGAUUAGUUCCUACCUGUUAGCUUGCUGGAUCGUACAUCAGCUAAGUGGCCUAUUCAUCCGUCUAAAAGUUAAUAUUUAGGAUUCUCCUCCAGUCUAAGAUUCUAUUUCUCUCUGGCUAGCAACCUAGCUAUCCACCCAUCACCUAUUAGCAGGAUAGCAUUUCACUCUAACUAAUUUUACCCACCAGCGCCGGAUGACUCUGCAAAAAUCGAUCGCUCACUAGUCUACGUAAUAAAAUGCUAGCAAGCAUUUCAUUUGGGCAAACAUUUGUGCUAACUGGCUAGCAGAUAUUACGAUGCUAGCAGCUAGAUUACUAUACUAGUCAGCUAGAUAACCAGGCAUCAUUCAUCAGCUAGCUAGCAGCCUAAUCUCGCUUAUAGUUAUGUAGAAUAUUUACUAAGCUAUUUAUUAGAUUUAUUAGCCAGUCAAGUAAAUUAUGUCUCACUAGCUAGUAUUUAGCUGGCUAUUAACAAGCUAAAGAGGUAGAUCUACUAGAUGGCUAGUGCUCUAUAUAAUAGAUCAUCAGUCUGUCUCGUUAAUAUCCAGCUAACUAGCUAGCUAAACAUGAACCUACUAGCUUGCUGAUCAAAUAUUUAACCGAUAGAACCAUCUAUCCAGCUAGCUGGAUAAUAUUUCAUGGCAAGAUGUCAGCUAAGAUUAAGUAGGUAUUUGGAUUUAUUUACUAGAUCUUUUAAAUAGUGAUCUCUAAUAAAUCCGCUAACAUCACUAGAGUUCAACUGGCUAGCUACACAGAUACAUUUAUGUUUGUAGCUACUUUAUAUAUUAACUAGAUGGAUCUAUAGAUUAAUUACAUAACUUGGGCUUUAGCUAAUAGAUCGAUCUUUCUAUUCAGGUAUAAUAGAAAUCCUUGAAAAGAACAACAACAAACUUCUCUAAAGGCUUCACAGUGGAGGCUAAUCUGCACGUUAUUCAGAACAUUUUUUAUGUCAAUACUAGAUCAAUAAAGAUCUAAUCUAAUCUAGUCAUUGUUAUAACAAAAUUAAAAGUGGCAUCAGUCAGUGCUAAAAAACGAAGAUAAAUACUAUAGUUAUAUAAAACACUUUCACGUAACAUAAAAUAAAACAAAUAACUGAUUACAACCACCAAUAAAUAAUAAAAAAUAGCCAUCGUAUCAGUAACAGUAAAUAGUAAAAUACUGCAGUGAUGGGAGGGGGUCCCUGGAGAGAGCCCUGUGGAACACCGCCACCCUGUUUGGCCCAGCGACGCCAGCCAGUCGCCAGGCAGCCGACAGCUUUGUUUCCAACCUGCGUCGUCGCCGUCAUCACUUCAUAUUCUCACCUAAACCAGCGGGUUGAUCGUCAUGGUUCCUGCUGAUGGACAGAAGUAUCAAACAGCUGCUGGAAUCAAACCUCCGACGCGGUACGACGAGAGAGGGCUGUUCACGCCGAGCAUCCCGGACUCUAACUGACACUAGAGCUGCUCUGUCUCUGAAAGGAAACGACCACUGUCUGAGGAAGACUUCUGGGCUCUUCCUCCCCGGACUUCCUGCCACUGAGGAUGAGGUAAAUCCUAAAAAACUGUUUUUAUAAUAAUAAUAAUAAAAGGACGGAGUUUGUUGAUGAGCCACUGGAAGAUGAGCGACAUCUUUAAUCGAUUAAUUUAUGGAGUUCAUGGAAAGACGGCGUCUGUUGAUGAACAUUCUUCGCACAGAGAGACUUCUAUGAUCACAUCAAACACAGAAUUAUAUUGUAUAUGAGAAACAGCAUGGAGUUGAAUAUUUAAUAUUUGUCUCACAGUUAUUGGUUUGAUAAAUUUGUCACUGGAAUUAAAGAAAAUCCUGGAAACUGUUUGUGACGUCAGCGG